AUGGAGGAUAAUUCAACCAAUGCGGGAAAUGAAUUUACCAUUCAAGCUAUGCAGCAACAUUUUGCAAGGCUUGGAGGUGUUCUCGAAGGCAUUAUCGAACGUUUGGAGAGGUUGGAACAACAAGAUCAUAGAAGACACGAUAAUAAUCAAUUCUAUCAACCUGAUUCUGACGAGGAGGAGUUUCGUGAGCCUCCACACCGUGGCAAUAGAGGAGGAAAGAGAAGGCGAGAUAAUGAAGUAGAUCGUGACUUGGGAAGCAUAAAACUGAAUAUUCCCACAUUCAAAGGAAGAAGUGAUCCGGAGGCAUAUUUGGAGUGGGAAAAGAAGACGAAUCUCAUUUUUGAGUGUCAUAACUACUUCGAGGAGAAGAAAGUGAAGCUUGAUGCGAUUGAGUUCACUGACUAUGCUAUUGUUUGGUGGGAUCAAUUAACCACUAACCGAAGGCGAUAUGGUGAGAGGCCUAUCUCUACUUGGGCUGAAAUGAAGUCCAUCAUGCGUAAAAGAUUCGUCCCUUCACAUUAUUGGAAAGUGGAAAGACAACUAAGGACGAAGGGAUCCUCUCAACGAAGUUUUUCGUCGAACCUUUACCCGUCGAGCAAGGCGAAAGAAGGAAGUCCGAAGAUAAAUUUUGGGGCAGCUUCUAAAACCCAAAAUGAGACUUCUAAUACUAAGGGUCAUAUGGUUGAUAAAGGCAAGGCUGUCGCGUCAUCAUCUCGAAGCCGUGAUAUCAAAUGUUUCCGUUGUCAAGGCUUUGGCCAUAUUGCUUCCGAAUGCAUUAACAAGAGAGUCAUGAUCUUGAGGGAAAAUGGUGUAAUAGAAUCUGAAAGUGAGCAUGAAUCCAGCGAUGACGAGCAAGCCGAGGAGACCACACCUGAACAUGGAGAGCUUUUGGUGGUGAGAAGAGCUCUUAACAUGCAAAUCAAGGUGGAGGAAGCUGAACAGCAAAGGGAGAACAUCUUUCAUACGAGAUGUUUAGUUCUUGGGAAGGUUUGCGUGCUGAUUGUUGAUGGAGGGAGUUGUGCUAAUGUCGCUAGUUGUGAAAUGGUGGAGAAGCUGAAUUUACCAACCACAAAACAUUCCAAUCCAUACAAGCUGCAGUGGCUAAAUGAUUGUGGAGAAAUUCGAGUGACGAAACAAGUGUUGGUGUCAUUUUCAAUCGACAACUACAAGGAUGAGGUCCUAUGUGAUGUAGUGCCAAUGCAUGCUAGCCAUAUCCUUUUGGGUAGACCAUGGCAAUUUGACAGAAGAGUGACUUAUGAUGGUUUUCUUAACCGUUACAGUUUGAAGCAUGAAAACCGGAGCAUUCAACUUGUUUCUUUGAAUCCACAGCAAGUGCGAGAAGAUCAGUUCAAAAUGUCUCAAUCAAAAAAAUUGAGAGAAAGUGAGAAAAAGAAAGAAAAGAAUGAGGGGAAAAAUUUGAGAGAAAAAAAGAUUGGAGGGAAAAACCAAGAAGAAAUGAGUGAGAUUGAGGGAAAAGAACUAAGUGUGGAAAAAAAGGCUGGAUUUUUAUGCAAAAGCCAGUGA